AGCUGGAGGCCGGGCUGAGGGGAAGGCGCAGUGGGGACCGUCCCCUCCUGGCCCCUCAGGCAGCACCCGCACCACCGCCAUGAGCUGCACCCAGGCUCAGCCCUGUGGCGCUGGAGAUGGAGGGUCCCCACCAUCACCGCUGUGGGCUCCUGGAAGGGGGAGAAGCAGCCAUGACCCCGAUCCGGAGCCCCAGGAGGGAUUUGGUGCUAACAGGACAGAUGGAGGCCGAGGGCCCCAAAGCAGGAUAAAAGGUUUAAACUAAUCAAAAUGCCUGGCUAAUUGGUAAAGGCGCUUAUGGGCAGGGCGGGAGGCGGCGCGGCUGGAGGUGACCGCUGCUCAAUCAGAGGGGCCGGUAACCUUAACCCGCCGGGAACGGAUACGCCGGAUCGAGUUCCCACACCAGUUUUCCACCUGCGGCUCCGUGGCAGGAGAGCCGAGGCCGCGGGGACGGACGGUGGCCGGGGGCUGCCGCGGUGGCCGGUUCCGGCAGCCCCGGCGCUCGCCGCAAUCUGGCCGGGUUUUAUAACCCCAUAGCGGCCGAUCAACCGGCACCGGGGCACCGCAGCCGUCCCCAGGGCUCGGCAGGGCCGGGGGAACGCCCCCGCCGAAGAUGCCAACGAAUGGGAUCCACCAGGUCCUGAAGAUCCAGUUCGGGUUGAUCAACUGCGAGAGCCGGUACCUGACGGCGGAGAGCUUCGGCUACAAGGUGAACGCCUCGGCGCCCAGCCUGAAGCGCAAACAGAUCUGGACGCUGGAGCAGGAUGAGGCCGACAGCUCCGUCGUCUUCCUCAAGAGCCACUUGGGCCGGUACCUGGGCGCUGACAAGGACGGGAAGGUGCGGUGCGAGGCCGAGCAGCCGGGCCGGGACGAGCGCUUCAGCAUCAUCACGCAGUCGGACGGGCGCUGGGCGCUGCAGUCGGCGCCGCACCGGCGCUUCUUCGGCGGCUGCCAGGACCGCCUGUCCUGCUUCGCGCCCAGCGUGACGGAGGGCGAGCUCUGGACCGUGCACUUGGCCAUGCACCCCCAGGCCAACCUGCUCAGCGUCAGCCGCCGCCGCUACGCCCACCUCAGCGCCCACGAGGACGAGAUCGCCACCGACAGCAACCUGCCCUGGGGGGUGGACGCGCUCAUCACCCUCUGCUUCCAGGACAAGAAGUACAGCCUGCGCACGGCCGACGAGCGCUACCUGCGCUGCGACGGGACCCUGGUGCCCGAGCCCGGCGCCCGCACCGGGUACACCCUCGAGUUCAAGGCGGGCAAGCUGGCCUUCAAGGACUGCGACGGCAAAUACCUGGCACCCACCGGGCCCACCGGGACCCUCAAGUCCGGCCGCAGCUCCAAGCCGGGCAAAGACGAACUCUUCGACCUGGAGGAGAGCCACCCGCAGGUGGUCUUCACCGCGGCCAACGGCAGAUACGUCUCCAUCCGGCAGGGCAUCAACGUGUCGGCAAACCAGGACGAGGAGCUGAACCACGAGACCUUCCAGCUCCAGAUCGACCGCGACACCAACAAGUGCAGCCUGCACACCAACACCGGCAGCUACUGGACCCUCGUGGCCCAUGGGGGCAUCCAGGCUGUGGCUACCGAAGUCGCUGCCAACACCAUGUUCGACAUCGAGUGGCGCGGGCGGCGCGUGGCCCUGCGCGCCAGCAACGGCCGCUACGUCUGCACCAAGAGGAACGGGCAGCUCGCGGCUGUCAGUGAUGCCGUGGGUAAGUGCUGGGGUGGGGUUGGGGUUCGGGGGGGGGUGUCCAACACCCCAGGGUGCUCAAGGCCGGGCUCCCGCGCAGGGGAGGAUGAGGAGUUCACGCUGAAGCUGAUCAACCGCCCCAUGCUGGUGCUGCGGGGCGAGCACGGCUUCGUCUGCUACCACCGCGGCUCCAACCUGCUCGACUCCAACCGCUCCGUCUACGACGUCUUCCACAUCAGCUUCAGCGACGGCGCCUACCAGAUCCGAGGCCAGGGGGGCAAGUUCUGGUACGUGGCGAGCAGCGGGGCCGUGUGCAGCGAUGGGGACCUCUCCGAGGAUUUCUUCUUCGAGUUCCGGGAGCGGGGCCGCGUCGCCAUCAAAGCCAAGAACGGGCGGUACCUGCGCGGGGACCCGGCCGGCUCCCUGCGCGCCGACAGCGACUCCGUGCUGCGCGCCACGCUCUGGGAGUACUGA